CUUUUCUCACUUUGGCUCUUCUUUGUGUUCCAGGUUUACCCCCACUGCAGAAAGAUGACUUUCCACCACGAUGACUGCUACUUCCCCCACAGCUACAGGGGCCUCCACAGCUAUCGAGGCUACGACUACAGCAGCCCCUACCACUACAGGGGCUUUGGUGGCCUUUACGACUUAGGGGAUCGCUAUGGCCAUGAUGGUCUGUACGGUCACUGGGGCUUCUUUGGCUCUAGGGACCACUAUGGCUUUGGAGGUCUGCAUGGUGGCUACAGGAGCCAGUAUGGGGACUGCUAUGGCUACCCAGGCUGGUACAGCAGCCGCUACGGUCACCACUUUGGAUCAAGAUACGGUCAACGCUACGGCUAUGGGGGCUGGUAAACCCAGCAGGAACGGUGCUGAUGUGUGAAGAUCAACCCCAGCCUGGACUGACAACGAAUCUCAGCAGCAUCUUCCUAAUGCACAGAGCCCAGCAGCUUCCCUCUAUGGAGGCACUGAGGCUCUGCUGCCCAAGUGCUCGAAAUGAUUGAUCUUUUCCUGCUCUGUUUGCUCUCUUGCCUCCCGAACUCUCCUCUUCAUCACUGCUGGAGCAAAAGCUUGCAUCUUCUCAACAUCCAUUCUGUGCAAACUCCAGUAACACCGCUGGAAUGUCUGGCUUUUGUGUUUGUUGCAGUGAUGUACAAAGCAUAUUCUGACUGAAUGGAAUAGGCACGGUGUACCGUGCCUUGGGGAAUGUGGUCUUUCUGUUCUGGAAUAUAUCUGACUUUCAUAUUAAAAU